GAUCAACUUACUUGAAGCACACAAAUCGCUCAAGAUGGGAAACCCAAGACAGAAGAAGAAGCUUAGAUCUUCCAUGCCUAAACAGAGGCCCAAGGGGUCUCGUGUUUUGAAGAAUGGCAAGAAGAAGAUUAAUAUGCUGGGAAAUGCUAUCAUCGCCGAGAAUUGGGACCGGAAUCUAACCCUCACCCAAAAUUAUCGUCGCCUGGGUCUUGUCCAUCGACUGAAUGCUCCUGCCGGUGGUUCAGAGAAGCGUGCGUCCAAAGAUGGCAUUGAGGCAGUUCCCGAGGAUUCUCUUCACAUCAAGAGCAGCGCUGAAGCCGCUACUAAGAACAUUGGGCUAGGAGAAACCAAGGUCGAGCGCGAUCCCGAGACUGGAAAGAUUGUUCGCGUCAUUCACCCCGAAGAGCACGAGAUGAUUGAAGUAGCUGGACGAAAGGUCCGCAAGUCAAACCCGCUUAACGAUCCUUUGAACGAUUCAUCCGAUGACGAUAUGGAGGUCUCCAAUUCGCAAAAGAAGAGGUCCACAAAUAUGGUUGUUCAGCAACUCGAACGCCAAGCGGAUAAAGAGGGAAAUGCCGUCAAGGCCAAGAAACCGCGUCACCUGAGUCAGAGAGAAGUGGAGUGGGUUACAAGGCUGAUUGAACGUUACGGAGACAACAUCUCCGCAAUGGUUCGCGACAAGAAACUGAACCCGAUGCAGCAGACCGAAGGUGACUUGAGGCGGAGGAUUCGCAAGUUCAAGGAAAGCCAGUCAUGAGGAGAUCUGUUUGUUGCAUUUUGUCACGGCGAGUUUGGCGUUUUAUGGUUAAUUUUGGAUAAAAAGUAUGUUUCUGUCUGGGUUCUGUUCGAUCAUAUCUGGGGUGGUCUGCUAGCCCUGUCGUCCGAAGUCGUGUCAUACCAUAGAACCACUAUACAUUGAUGUCUGCCAUCGAUAUCCAAUGAUAAUCUGAACAUAUUGAUA